CUGCACUCCACCCCCACUCCCCCCUCCGCCGCUCGCCGUUGCCGUUGCCGCUGCCGCUGCUAGCGAGCGAGAGCCGCCGCGCCGUGUGAUGGCGUCCGCAAUGACGGUGGUCGCCGCUCUGUUGGCGCUGGCGCUGGCGCUGGCGGUCUCCCCGGCGGCGGCGCGCAUCCCGGGGGCGUACGGCGGCGGGGACUGGCAGAGCGCGCACGCGACGUUCUACGGCGGGAGCGACGCGUCGGGGACGAUGGGCGGCGCGUGCGGGUACGGGAACCUGUACAGCCAGGGGUACGGCGUGAACAACGCGGCGCUGAGCACGGCGCUGUUCAACGAAGGGCAGAGCUGCGGCGCGUGCUUCGAGAUCAAGUGCGUGAACCAGCCCGGGUGGAAGUGGUGCCACCCGGGGAGCCCCUCCAUCCUCAUCACCGCCACCAACUUUUGCCCGCCCAACUACGCCCUCCCCUCCGACAACGGCGGCUGGUGCAACCCUCCCCGCCCCCACUUCGACCUCGCCAUGCCCAUGUUCCUCCACAUCGCCGAGUACCGCGCCGGCAUCGUCCCCGUCUCCUACCGCCGGGUGCCGUGCAGGAAGAAGGGAGGGGUGAGGUUCACGAUAAACGGGUUCAGGUACUUCAACCUGGUGCUGAUCACGAACGUGGCCGGCGCCGGGGACAUCGUGCGGGCGAGCGUGAAGGGCGGGAGCACCGGGUGGAUGCCCAUGUCGCGGAACUGGGGCCAGAACUGGCAGUCCAACUCCAUCCUCGUCGGCCAGGCGCUCUCCUUCCGCGUCACCGGCAGCGACCGCCGCACCUCCACCUCCUGGAACGCCGCCCCCGCCGGCUGGCAGUUCGGCCAGACCUUCGAGGGCAAGAACUUCCGCGUCUGAGACCGAGCUGCACUAUACUACUACACCUUCUAUAUUUUUACUCUAGUAAUUAUUGUUUACCUUGGGUUAAGUCUGGGUGGUUCUUCUUCUUCUUCUUCGGUUGGUGAUGGCCUGUCAAAGUGAGGGGCCGGCAAGAAACAGGUGGUAAAGGCUAGUAGUAGUGUCAAUUAGCGUAAAUUGCUACUGCUGUUACUCAUCGUCAUCACUAGCUGGUGGCUACUGCUAGUGGUAGUGGUAGUAGUAGUGGUGCUAGUGCAUGUGUGUGGUUAUGGCUACUGCUGCAUUAUGUUGGUUGGUGAUGGAUUCUGUCCAUGUUUUUCCAAGGGGUUUGGUUUGGAGGGUUGGGAGGAGGCGGUUUGUGCUCAAGAGUGGCUGAAGUGGCUGCAAAGCUGCAGCUGAAUUUGGGGGUGGUGAGUGUAGCCCGCAGCCGCUUUGUGCCGUGUCGUUUGUCUCUAUGGCACUUGAUGUUUACCAUGGACUUGAUUUAUCAUUAUGGUGAUUGGAGCUUGUAA